AGUAUGUGUGUCACUCUGCCCCCUGCAGGCCAAAUUGAAGAAGCACAUCCAGAACCCCAGCGCCUCUGAACUGGUGCACUUCCUCUUCGGCCCCCUGGACCUGGUGCUCCAGUCCUGUGGUAGUGUAGAGCUGCCCCGCUCCGUGGUCUCUCCUCACUUAUCCAGAGAUGCAGUUGACUUCCUGAGAGGUCAUCUGUCGCCUAAAGAGAUGACCGUCUUUGAACUGCUGGGAGAUGGGUGGACAAGACCUAGAGCGGACUGGCCACGGGACCAGUGUGCCUCUACUUACUUCCCUAAGUUCAGGAACGGGUGGGAGCCCCCAGCUGAGCUGUUCAGGACCUCCCCAUGGGAGACAGAGGGAUCAGGGGAACCUUUCAUGUCCUCCAUGUCCCGCCCGAUGUCCCCACACAAGUCAGAAGAGUUUUUUGGAACCCAGUCUUCUAGCUCAUCAAAUGGGUCCUACAAUGGUCUGGCGUCCUCGUCCCGUAAAUAUGCUAAGAUCUGCUACCACUUUGUGGCCCGCAACGCCAACGAACUGUCAGUACUGCAGGACGAGGUGGUGGAGGUGAUAGAGGACGAUAAACAGUGGUGGAAAGUGAGGAACAGGAGUGGUCAGUCAGGAUACGUCCCCUCCAACGUCCUGGAAGUGGUCACACUAGAGGAACCACACGGCAUGGCUGAACCCCUCUAUAGCCAGGCUGGCCAGCCCUACAGCCCUACCUCUCCCUCCAGCUCUCUAGGAAGAGGGGAUAGCUUUGACAUGAGCCGCUCCAAAGACUCUCGGACACACCAGAUGGAUGAGGUGAAUGAUGAGUUGUUGAAGAGGAUCACUACUAAUAAGUCCAAUCCUCCUGGCCGUAACUUCAGGGUGGAACGCCCCUCAAGCAGCAGCUCCACGCUCCUCACUUUCAAUUCCAGCCCACCGCAGGUCACCGCCUGGCUCAAUGCCAAGGGAUUCUCUAAACCGACGGUGGAUUGUCUGGGGAUCCUGACGGGUGCUCAGCUCUUCUCUCUGAACAAGGAGGAACUGAAGGCAGUGUGUGGAGACGAGGGAGCCAGGGUCUACAGCCAGACCACCGUGCAGAAAGCCCAGCUAGAGAAGAGCAGUGGGGAUUCAGAACUCCAAGAGAUCAUGAGAAGACGACAAGAGAAGAUCGAUGCCGGCAAGGACUGAUCUGGGCAUGCGCACUGACUUUCAACCAAUCACAGCCCAGCAUGGCUGGUUACCAUAACAACCCUCUCCAGUACUAACCAACCAUAAGCCUUCCCCUCCCAAAGCGCCUUCCCUUUCACAAACCAACAGUUUUUUUGUUUUUUUUGUCAGACAAUUGACUUUUAAUAUUGGCAUGUACUAUAAAUGUUGUUAUAUACAUUUUUUAAAAUUGUAUAUUUAUUGUUAUUGUUUGUGAAUGUGUAUGUUUACUUCUUUCUUCACUGAUGUUCUCUGGUGAUUAUGAGUGCUGCUCUGUCUGACACUAACCACGUUUCCAUCCAGCCAUUUCAUGCGGAGGAAUUACCUGACGUAUGCAAGAAGUUACGACUGGGCUGAUGGAAACAUUAAAUCCUGGUACAAUUGUAGAAAUGCCGACAGACAAUUUCUUCGUUCGACAUGGUGAGAUCUUUUCGUGUCGGGUAAAAUUAAUAAUGCAAGAUAAAUGGUAGUGGAAAUGCCUUUAUGCAUAAAUAUUGAUAUAAUAACCAUCAUAUUGAAGUCAACUUGGAGUCAGGCGACGAUAUGUUGUCCUCCCACUACGACUCGGGAAACCACGCAGUUUAUCAGGCUACAGAGGAAGUAAUGAUGAACUUCACAGGGUGGUGAAAGUGUACGGUGAUGAGCUUGAUGCGCCUUUUCCAAUAAAUAUCGAGGGUAUUAUUCCAGCGACAUGUUGAUAGAUACUUGGCUGCCGUUUGACAAAAUGACAAAAUAAUACCGCUUUUAUCCAUAAUAAUCUCAUAAUGUAGGUAUCCUACUCGCGCUGCAUUUGCGAGCUGUUGUUGGCACGUUCGCUAAAUAACACAUAUGUUGUUUUUGUGACGAGACCUUCAAGAGUUUAAAACUUCCAUUGGGAAUUUAACAGCAAAAGUACUUUUUAUGUGCACUACGCCACAGUCUUUUAUCCGUAAAAAAAAUAAGUUUGAUGGAAACACAUCUCUGGUGGGGAAAAUGCGAAUAUUGUUUUAUGGCAGAUGUUAGAAUAUUUGCAUGAAAAUAUGUCACUAAUUGGAUGAAAAACCUGGCCACUGUCUCUUAACUUUGUAUCGUGGUGAGGGACCAUAUUAUAACCUGGCUACUGUCUCUUAACUUUGUAUCGUGGUGAGGGACCAUAUUAUAACCUGGCCACUGUCUCUUAACUUUGUAUCGUGGUGAGGGACCAUAUUAAAACCUGGCCACUGUCUCUUAACUUUGUAUCGUGGUGAGGGACCAUAUUAAAACCUGGCCACUGUCUCUUAACUUUGUAUCGUGGUGAGGGACCAUAUUAUAACCUGGCCACUGUUUCUUAACUUUGUAUCGUGGUGAGGGACCAUAUUAAUUUUGAGUGAGUAUGUGUUUUAUGGCUUGUAUGUCUCCCAUGUUUUAUCUCCAGGGAUUUAUGGAAAACAUUUUUUUUUUUUGUCAAAUCAAAUCCAUAAAGGUCCUCAAUGUAUAUUGUAUUAGAUGUUAAUGUUCACAUAACGGAUUAUUCUAACCUACAGUAGUAGUACAAUGUUAUACCUUAUAAUACGUAGCGCUGUAUGUACGUUUUGAGCAUUUUGAAUUUUAUUCUCAUAUCCAGUCACACAUAAUUGCAGCUGUUUAACUAAAUACACUUCUGUAAUUCAGUUUACAUAUUCUAUAUUACUAAAUACACCUCUGUAAUUCAGCUUACAUAUUCUAUAUUACUAAAUGCGGUACUGUAAUUCAGCUUACAUAUUCUAUAUUACUAAAUACACUUCUGUAAUUCAGCUUACAUAUUCUAUAUUACUAAAUACACUUCUGUAAUUCAGCUUACAUAUUCUAUAUUACUAAAUGUGAUACUGUAAUUCAGCUUACUGCAUUUAGUAAUAUAGAAUAUGUAAGCUGAAUUACAGUACCGCAUUUAGUAAUAUAGAAUAUGUAUCUGUAAUUCAGCUUACAUAUUCUAUAUUACUAAAUGCAGUAUCUGUAAUUCAGCUUACAUAUUCUAUAUUACUAAAUGCAGUAUCUGUAAUUCAGCUUACAUAUUCACGGUCUAUAUGAAGUACACUUUACAUGUACAAUAUUAAUCCAAUCAUAUUUCUGUUCUGUGUACAUGUUUGUUCCUCCAAUAAUAAACCCAAGGUCGAAAUUCAAACUGA